CUGACGGUGAGCAGGCCUAAUCUAAAAUAUUAGUUUGGCAACGCUCAGGAAAAAUACGUCAGGUUACGCUCCACAAUUACCUCACACGGCCGGCGAACGUCGAUCGGGCAUAGUAUUUUAACCAAAGCACACCAAAUUGGCUAUGUGUUUAUUAUAUCAUCCGAACGCAGCCUAGUCAGUGUUAUCAAACCCGCUGAUUUGUAUUAUAUUCGCAUCGAGUGCGCAGUGCAGUGCCGUCACCGAGCGAGUCACGGCAGGAUGUUGUCGUUGGAGCAAUUGACACUAAUGGUAAAGGAACACCUCGGACUCUAUAGCCAUGAGGACGGCGUUCAACACGUCAGCAAAUGGACCAUCGGAGAGUCGCCAUUAGGUGGACGAGGAAUAUUUGCCACUGAAGACCUCAUGUCAGGGGAAAUACUCUUCGUAGAUCAUCCUCUUAUCCGUGGACCCCGAGCAGGAAACACGCUGCAGGCAGGAUGCUCAGUGUGUGACAAAUUAGACUCCGACACAUUUUUUAAAUGUUCAAAUUGUGCAUUAUUAUUGUGUUCAAAAGAGUGUCAAGAUACAAGUAUUCAUUACAAUGAUUGUGAAAUUAUUUCCCGUUGGUCUACUAAAGUUCCGAUUGACGAGGUCGACCAUACGCUUCUAUCGCGUGCGUUAACAUCGAUACGGUCGUUGUUAUUAAAUGAAGACCAAAAACAGCUCAUGGCAUCACUUGAAGCUCAUACGCAAGAAAUACAUGGAUCUGAAAUUAGAGUACUCAAAAACUUUUUCGUAAUUCCGAAAAAAGAUGAAGAAUUAAUGGUGCAAGCAUCACGCGCACUGGACGCUAAUGCAUUUCAAGUAAUUACCCCUUAUGGCAAAAAGGAGGUGAGCACGCGAGGGCUGUAUCCUGUCUCGUCACUGAUGAAUCACUGCUGCACGUCUAAUACUAGAUAUACGUUCAACCGGGAUGGACAAAUGACUGUUAAAACAGUAAAACCUAUACGUGCUGGAGCCGAAAUAUUUACUUGUUAUUCUGGUAUCUUAUGGGGAACGCCUGCUCGCCGAGCUCAUCUUUAUAAAACUAAACACUUUUGGUGCAAGUGUGAGCGCUGUGCAGAUCCAACUGAGCGUGGUACGCUCUUGGCUGCUCUCAAGUGUUUUGUGACCGAAUGUUCCGGAUCUCUUCUGCCUCUGGAACCGCUGAAACCGACAUCCGCCUGGCGAUGCCUGGAUUGUGGUCUCCGAGUGCCAUAUCAAAACAUUUGUGCAGUGCAGAGUGCUCUUGGAAGUUUGAUGGGAACUCUAAAUUUCGAGGACAUAAAAGAACUAGAAUUCUUUUUAAGUCAUCGUGUCAUAAAAUUUAUUCCGAAAACUAAUCAAAUCAUCUUGGAUCUGCAGUGCCGAAUGAUUUGGGAACUAGGCGAGACUGAUGGAUAUCGUUGGCAUGAGCUGUCGGAAGUACGGCUGGCGCUGAAAGAGAGCCUGUGCCGCGGCACCCUGCGCACGGUGGCGGCGCUGCACGCGGGCGACGCGCACCUGCGCGGCCUGCUGCUGUACCACCUGCACGCCGCCUUGGCCGAGCGCGCCCGACGCUCGCCAGAUCUGUAUGAGGAGCUAAAAUCGGAAAUCGAGAGUACAAUAGAGCAAGCAUACACGAUCCUUCAGGACGACAUAUCCGCCCCGCCCGACUUGGAACUGCGCCGUCGGUACCUCGGCCCCGGCUGUGAUAAACCUCAUGAAGAAAGAUUCUUCAUCCUCACCUCUUAGACUUAAGAACUUUGCUAUUUUCGAAAAUAUUGUGUUUUAUUAAUUAGGUUUUGAGUGUAAGAAUGUACGUAUUUUUAAAGUUUAUUAAAUAAAUUGUAUUUUGUACACAUUUAUUUUCACAUAAUUUCAUUGAUUAUACAAUGUAGGUACAUAUUAUAUAAGUAUGACAUAAUUAACGCCUGUUUCCCUUAGGCGCGUAGAGCUUCCGUCCGUUCAAAUUACGAGAUUAUACUUAGGUUGUUGGGUGCUAAGCUAUAAUAUAUAAACGGGGGCAGAUAAUAACUUAUACAAAAAAAAUCAGGUUUAUCUGCUUGCGACUGAACCUAAUUAUUUGCUUUUAUGGUGUAAACCAAAAUAGGUUUAUUUGCCCAAGUGGAACUCUUCGUGUGAUUUGCUUAGAAUGGCUUUGAACGUAGACUUGAUUGAUGAUUCUUGUGUUUCAGUCAUGUAAUGUACUUAUAAUUAUUUUAAAUAAUCUUGUUUGAAGCAAUGGAUAAGAUAGGCUAGUUUAUUUAGAUUUCACGUAUUUUUACGAUUUUAUAAUUCGUAAAAAAAAUAAAAAGCGGACAAAGUUGUAUGUACGAUUUAACGGUAGUUCCAUGAAUAUCCUUGCGAACGUUUUAUCCGGCGGAAGUACUAAGUAUUGUCAACGAUAAUAGCGGCGAGUUUUAGGUAGGUUGAUGUGUACCUAUAAUGUACGUGCACAGUGCGAACUGCGUUGCGGCUAUGCAGCAUCAGGCAAAUGUUAAAAAACUAACUGUCAAUGUCACGCACAUGUCAUCACAGCAUACCAGCAAAUAGGCAUGAGGGGAACGGGGGGUAAUUUUUUCAACUUUUUGUUAUCAACAUCAAGCAGUUGACCGAGUAUAUUUUAUUAUUUUCCGAUUGUGUACAAUAAUAUAUGGUGUUAACGCUAUAAUAACUGUUGGUCUUAUAAAAAUGCCAUCUCUUCGUCAAGCCCUAUUACUGUCUUCCUCGAACUGUCACGGUUAUUCUAUGUUGGAAUUUGCGAAACAAGAAAUAUGCUCCUUUCUGGAAAA